UUAUUUUGCCAUAGGUAUAUAAAAAGAAGGUAGGCUGAAAUAUCCUCAUAACAAAUUUGACAUUUUUUCAGAAACGUACAAAAUUUCUUGGUGAAAAUUAUCGAAAUGAAAGUUAUUUUUGCAAUUGUUAGUAUUUUAACAAUUAUUACACAAUUGGAAGCUAUAUUACCAUUUUGUCCACCACAAAAAGAAUGUUUGUAUAGGAAAGAUGCUUGCACACCAUUGUAUGAUUUUGAUGAUUUAUUUAUAAGGAGCAUACUGUGGGGUAAUGUGGAGACAGCGAUCGAAUGUAAUAGAGACGACGAUGGGAUGGAAUGUCAAAUUAAGGAAUGCCCUGCUGUUGAUCCUCCCGAACAAGCAGUAUUAUUGCCUAAUCCUGCCGAUUGCACUCGUUUUAAUGAAUGUUCCAAUGGAAUACUAAUUGAAAAGAUGUGCCCAGCUGGGUUGCAUUUUAAUGCAAAAUUAGGAGUUUGCGAUUAUCCCCAGGAAGCUGGUUGUUUACCCAAAAAUUAAAUUUAUGUUUUAUACUCCUAUAAGAUUACUAUAA